CAACACUCGUUUACGACCUUCAACGACUCCUGUCCUUUUUUACACUUGCGCGCGCAUUAUACCCCCCCUUCCAACUCUACUCUACCACGUCGCAUCUGAAACCCACGUCGACGGCGCCUCCCCGCUCAAUCCCUUACGCGCCGCCGCCGCCGCGCUCACCGUUUUCCCCGACAGUCCCUUGUCGCCCAUUCGCGUGAACAACAUUGUCCAACGGCCCCCAACAUCUCAUCUCAUCCGCUAGCCAUACCACUGUGACAUUGUCGCGUCGACGUAUACCCCCAUCGCUUCACCCUGCUUGCUAGUGCCGUCUGCGCGCGAGCGGGCACGGCCUUGUUGUUUUGGCCACCAUCACAGUGUCACCUCGACUCCCACCAACUCCUCCCAUCACGCCUCCCACGCCUUUGACGGCCAGCACCACCAACGGCAACGGCAGCAACACUAGCAGCCGCCCGUCAGUGAUGAACAAGUCCCUGCCGCCGCCUCCAGCGGCGGCGAGGCGGCCGGCGUACCGCACCAGCUUGCAUACGCCGCCAAAGACGCCCCCGCCGACAUCAGAGUUUCCAGGCUCGUCGACAGCUGCUGUGCUUGUCAAUGGUAGCACGCCAAGGGCAAGGAACAACGGCAGCUCGACAGUCGCGCCCUCCGUUCCCGCCGGUCGCGAGAAUGCGGCACCAACAACAUCCAACGCGACUGUCGCCCCCCAAAUCUCGCGUUCGAUAACCUCCUCAAGCACGGGCUUGAGCACAGGCGCCAGCUCGAGCUCUGGCAUUGGGCCCGGCCCAAGCGUGGGGGGUGCGACGGUGAACGGCAUCAGUGGAGGCGGCCCUGUCCCUUCCCGCCGACACACGCACAUGCCCACCUCGAGCACGAGCACGGUCAAUGGCACGUCUAGCCUCGUCAGCGGGGUUGACGGCAGUGGGGCCAGCAGUAACGGUGGCGGAGGUAGCGCCGGUGGUGGUGGCUCUGGGUUGUCUGCUCAGGACAUGGAGUCGCAUCUCGCCGUCCUUGAAGGCCUGGGUCCCCCUGGCGCUACAAGACGGCCAACCAGGCGCGUGCGCUCGAUUGAGCGGACGUGGCAAUGGGUCAAGUCGCGCUCGAGCGUGUACGGCGAGGCGGCGCUAGCUGGUGGCUUGGACCCUGCAACUGAAGAGGAAGGCUUUGGUCAACUUGGUCACGCCGGCAGCAGCAGCAGCGGCUUUGGUCGACUAGGCCCUCCUUCCGGUGAUCCUGGCCCAUUGAGACCAGCGACCAUGGGUUCAUCACCUCCACGCCGCCAGUCCGACGUCGACCCAGACGAGCGCCGUCGUCGCCGACAGGGAUUAACACCAGAGAGCCUGCGCCCCGCAUCAACCGUCGGCAGCACGUCACUUGCAACACCACGUCCACGCCCCGCGUCCCGCAUCCUCGAGCCCAUCGACACCGCUACCACCUAUCGCCGUCCCCCGCGACCACUCACCACCGUCGGCGAGUCAUCCCUCUCACCAUCCGCCGAGAAUGGGACCAUCCUCCCGCCCCGCGCACGGUCGGCCACCCCGCUCUCGGCUUCGGGUGCCGGUGCUUCGGGCCCACGUUCCGCUCCUGCCAGCUCGGCGCCGCCUCAGCGUCUACCCCCUUCUGUCAAGAACACACGGCCUCGCCCCAUGCCUCUUGUUCCUGGCAGCGUCGAUGUCGGCAUGCCCAAGACGACUGGAUCCAGCAAUUCCAUCGCAUCCGCAGCUUCUUCGGCGUCCUCGGCGAGACCCCGCGUCCCGGUCCAGUCCAUCACUGACAUAGUAAGACGGCACAGCUCUGCCGUCACGCUCGCCCAGGAAACGGCAAAGGACCGUGCGCGACAAGAACUCGCGUCUCGUCCGGACCUGGCAAUGCGACCUCCGCCAGCUCCCGAGGUCCGCCGCCGUCGCCCGGAAACACCGGGCAGCAGAACAACUUCGGUAGACACGACGUCAGAGACAGAUUCUGUUGUUAGAGCAGACUACCAGCUUGCUCAGUCGGCGAUUGAUCACCUCACGCCAAAGCCAUCCCCCGUUGUGGUUCCAAUCCCGACCCCUCCACCGGGAUCGACACCGACACCGACACCACCCCCGCGAGGCAGCAAUGUUUCAUCGCCUACACCGGAUCCCUCUCCUCGGUCCGCAAAGCGUUCGACCGAGCGUGUCCAGAGCCCCGAUCUCAACCGGCAGCGCUCCGGCACCUCUGUCAAUCGCCCCAGCUCGACGUCGCCGCUACCCCAAGACGACGACGCGCAGGCGAUUGGCAUGUACCUCCGUUCGCCGCAACUGAACCGCAUCAUGUUGCUUCCCAGACCGUAUCCUGAACGCCCCCUCCAGGUGUCAUUGGCCGACCUUGGCAAGCCCGAUGGGCGGCCCGUGCUCGUGUUCCUCGGCCUCGGGUGCGUUCGCUACCUCAUCGCGCUGUACGACGAACUGGCGCGUGCCCUCGGACUCCGCCUCAUCUGCAUUGACCGCUGGGGACUAGGCAAGACGGACCAGGUGCAGCAGGACAAGCGUGGCCUGCUCGACUGGGCCGAUGUGGUGCGCAAGGUGCUCGAUGAGUUGGGUGUGGAGCAGUUCCAAGUGCUCGCCCACUCUGCGGGUGCUCCGUACGCGCUUGCCUGCGUCCUCAAGAUGGAGCGUCGAGUCAGAGGAAAGAUUCACUUGCUCUCGCCAUGGGUCGGAGGCGAUGUCGAGGGCUACAAGUGGCUCAAAUGGGUCCCUAAUGGUGUUAUCAAGUCGGCUAUUGCGGCAGAAUGGCGCAUCGAAUCGUACUUUAUGGGCAAGGCACCGAACGCCAAGCAGCCCAAGUCGCCGCAGAUGGCUCAAGCUGGUUUGCGGUCGACGGCCUCGCUCGACGCCGACGGACGAACGUCGCGCUCGUCGUUUGGACAGGAUGGCGCCCAACUGGAAAGCGGCGAGGGAUUCGAUCCCUUCGCCUCUGACCUGUACUCUGCCCUGCCCGUGGUCGCCCCGCGCCUGUCGACGACUUCGACGACCGCCGUGUCAGCGGCCUCUGUUUCGGCCUCGCCGGCCUUCCCCCAGGCACUCAUGCAGGCCUCUCACGCCGAGUCGCUGUCUGGUACGACUGCCGACUUGCUGUCCGUCGUACUUGGGCGCGAUGCCAAGCCGUGGGGAUUCAGUUACACCGACAUCCGCCACCCGUGCAAGAUUUGGUACGGCGCCGAGGACGACAGGGUCAGCGAGAAGAGUAUGCGCUGGAUGGAGCGUGCAAUGGAUGCCGAGCUUAACGUCAUGCCCGAAGAAGGGCACAACCUUAUGAGCUCUAGAGUUGUCAUGUUCGACGUGCUUGACAGCCUCGCCGAAGACAUGUCGUAAUGCGGCGAAGGCGUUGUUACGGAUUGUUUUCUAUCGGUUGGUUUCCACCGAGGUCGAUCUAGUGUCCUGUAGUAGUCCCUUAUAGUUGCCUGUC